AUGGAAGAGCUACAAGAAGUGCACAGCCCUCUGCAGAAACCCAGAAAGGCAACUCCUCAGACAGGAGAAGAUACCAUGAAUGGCCAUCUUCCCCCUGGCUGGCAGAGCUACAUGUCUCCCCAGGGCCGAAGGUACUAUGUGAACACCUUCACAAAUGAAACGACCUGGGAGCGGCCAAGCAGUGUCCCUGGGACUCCAAAGAGCCCUGCGUCACAGAAGAGUUCUGCAGUGAAUGGCUACCACAUCUCUGGGACUCCAGUCCACCAGCUCGACUCUGGCCACAUGAGCCUCCGAAAAGCAAGUGGGGACCCUCAGAUAAACUGUGUAACUUUCCCCCACCCUGACGUAAUGCCAGAGCAGCAGUUGCUGAAGCCUUCAGAGUGGAGCUACUGUGAUUAUUUCUGGGCUGAUAAGAAGGAUUCACAAGGGAACAAUACAGUGACGGGGUUUGAAAUUCUUCUUCAAAAGCAACUUAAAGGGAAACAAAUGCAGAAAGAAAUGGCAGAGUUUGUUCGAGAAAGGAUAAAGAUUGAGGAGGAAUAUGCUAAGAACCUGUCCAAGCUGUCUCAGAAUUCUUUGGCUGCUCAGGAAGAAGGCACACUAGGAGAGGCUUGGGCUCAGCUAAAGAAGAGUCUAGCUGAUGAAGCAGAGGUUCAUCUCAAAUUUUCUUCUAAGCUUCAGAGUGAGGUAGAGAAACCCCUGCUUAACUUCAGAGAGAACUUUAAGAAAGACAUGAAGAAGUGUGACCACCACAUCACAGACCUACGGAAACACUUGGCCAGUCGCUACGCAGCAGUUGAAAAGGCCCGGAAAGCCUUGACAGAGAGACAGAAGGAUCUGGAAAUGAAAACACAGCAGCUAGAGGUGAAGCUCAGCAACAAGACAGAAGAGGAGAUAAAGAAGGCGAGACGGAAGUCCACGCAGGCAGGAGACGACCUGAUGCGCUGUGUGGAUCUUUACAAUCAAGCCCAGUCCAAGUGGUUUGAGGAAAUGGUGACCACCACUCUGGAGCUUGAGAGGUUAGAGGUUGAGAGGGUAGAGAUGAUCCGGCAGCACCUUUGCCAGUACACCCAGCUGAGGCACGAGACAGACAUGUUCAACCAAAGUACAGUAGAGCUCGUGGAUCAGUUGCUUCGGAAAGUGGAUCCUGCCAAAGACAGGGAACUGUGGGUAAAAGAACACAAAACUGGAGAUAUCCGACCUGUGGACAUGGAAAUAUAGACUGAUCUAUAGUUGUAUGUGAUGAGUCCACUGACUUAACCAGGCUAAUGUUUGUUUUUUAAGGGUCAGAAGAGUACAGGGAAAAGGUUGUUUCACUGCCAGACACCUUGUAAUUUAUGCCUGUACAGGCUAUCUCUGUUACAUUUAGUCCUCAUUGUGCUAAGCCUUAAGCACCAGACAUUCCAGGGUGAAGAAACCAGAUGUGUGCUUCCCACCAGAGGUUCCCAAUUGCACGCAGCUUCCAGAAGAAACCUGCUUUCUGGUACAGAGAGAGCUCUGUUCUUCAGUGACUUUGUGCUACAUCCCUUGCAUGACUAUCUUUAUACAGUAUGUUAGAACAACCAUGCAGUGAGCCUCUGGCCAGCAAGUAGGUAACUGUUUGAACAUGAUGCAGGAGGCAAGGAAGUCCUGAUCAUGAAUCCCGGGUCUGUCACUGACUGCUUUCAUGGCCACAGGCAAGUCAAUUAACUUUCCUGGCUCCCC